UUAUUAAUAUAUAGUUCACACAAAUAUAUUUUUAACUAAAAAGAUAUACUCUAACUUAUUUAAAAAUUAUUUAUUUACUAAAUGUGCUUGACUUUUAUCAAUGUGUUUAUGAAUUUUAAUUCAUUUACUUAAUUUAAUAUAACUUCAAUAAAUGUAUUAAAAAUGGUUUUUGAAUCUUUAGUAGCAGACGUUCUUAAUAGAUUUAUUGGAGAGUAUGUUGAAAACUUGGACAGUUCUCAAUUAAAUAUUGGAAUAUGGGGUGGAGAUGUUAUAUUACGAGAUUUAAAACUCAAGGAAACUUGUUUAGAUAACUUAGAUUUACCAGUAAGAACAAUUUAUGGACAUUUGGGUAAAUUGGUUUUAAAGAUUCCAUGGAAAAAUUUGUAUAGUGGCGCUGUUGAGGCGUCAAUUGAUAGUCUUUUUUUACUAGUCGUUCCAACACAAGAUAUACAUUAUGAUGCUGAAAAAGAAGAAAAAAAUAAACAAAUAGCAAAACAAAAUGAAAUUUUGAGAGUGGAAAAUGCAAAAUUAUUAGAUCAACAAAAAAGUAAGUUAGAACAAGACAAGACUAAGGAUUCAUUUGUUGAAAAACUUGCAACACAAAUUAUUAGAAAUGUACAAGUUAAUAUUAAAUCAAUUCAUAUAAGGUAUGAAGAUAGAGUAACAUUUCCCAAUAAUCCGUUUUCAUUUGGGUGUACACUCUAUGAUUUGACUUCUCAUUCAACUGACUCAAAUUGGAAUAGAUUUAUUGAUAAAGGUCAGGACCCACUAGCAAUGAUAUAUAAGAUUAUCUCAAUGGAAGGAUAUGCAUUGUAUUGGAAUACCAAUGGACAUUUAUUUACAGAUUACCCAAGAGAAACGUUCAUAAACUCCUUCAUAAAUGGUAUACCUAACAAAGAUAUUCUUCCUGAUGGCUAUGAAUAUUUAUUAGGUCCUAUAAAUGCUAAUGCUAAAAUGAAAAUGAAUCCUAAACCAGAAUUAGAUGGUAGUGAUUUUACAAUACCAAAAUAUGCAAUAAGCAUUGACAUGGAAAGUUUAAAUUUAAAAAUAAGCAAAACUCAGUAUCAAGAUUUAAUUAUGGCAGCUGAAUCAUUAGAUCGUUUAACUAAAGCAAUACCAUAUAGAAAAUAUAGACCUCUUUUGAAAGAAUAUAAAGGACACUACAAAGAAUGGUGGAAAUUUGCCUAUAAUUGUAUUUUAGAAGAGGAUAUAAGAAGAGUGCGUAGAAAUUGGGACUGGAACCAUAUAUAUACUCAUAGAAAAGCUGUAAGAGAUUAUGCUAUUUAUUAUAAACAAAAAUUGGAGGCAAAAAAAACACCUACUAUGACAUUAAAAGCAAUUGAAGAGUUAGAAAAUAAAUUGGAUGUUAUGAAUAUAAUUUUAACAAGACAACGUGUAGAAAAUGAGGUUGAAAGGGAAGGCAAAAUUCAAGAAGAAAUGAAAAAAUGUGAAUCAGAACGGGGUUGGUUUAGUUUUUGGAGAGGAAAGAGUGCUGAUGUCGAAGAAAAAGAAAAAGAUAUUAUCAGACAGUUUGAAGAAGCUAUGAAUACAACUGAAAAGGAAAAAUUGUACAAGGCAAUAGGUUAUCAAGAAAGUUCAAUUGCUACAAAUUAUCCAGAAACUUUUGUUGAUACAAAAUUCAAAUUUUGUUUGCACACAUUAGAAAUAUCAGUGUUUGAUGAAGAGUUUUCUUCUGUACAAAAAGUAUUAACAGUUUAUUUUAAGGGAUUUGUGUUGAAUUUUCAAAGAAGAAUGGCAGCAAACGCUUUGAAAGUGGAAGCCUCGGGUGAAACAUUGUCUAUUUUUGGCCUCCCUCAAUCAAAUAAGGUUCCUAAAAUUGUUACAUCCAAGACUUUUGAUCAAUAUAAAAGUGCUCAAGAUUUAUUAUCUUUUCAAGAUGGAGAUUAUUUUGAUAACCAGUUGUAUUUAUUUAGUUUCUUGUUUGAAACAAAUCCUCUAAAUAAAUCUUAUGACAGUAGAGUUCAGUUAUCUUUUAAACCAUUAAAACUGGUUUAUGAUGCACAAACUAUAAUUAAGAUUAUAAAUAUUUUCAGCACACAGCAAUCUACAGUUAAAACUCAAUUACAAGAAGUUGCUGGAUCCAAGUUUGCUGAAUUUAAAGAAAAAUCAGCAAUAGGUAUGCAACAUAUUAUUGAUGAACGUAAAAGGCUCGAAUUAAAAAUCGAUUUGAUGGCAUCCUAUGUUAUUAUACCUCAUGGAGGAUUUUAUAACAAGAACCAGUCUAUGUUAGUUUUUAAUUUAGGAAGUUUAAAAAUAAAAUCUAAGCCACAAAUAAUUGAUGAUGUGAGUAUUCAAUCAUUGCAUAAAAAAGGUGCCUCUCAAACUGAAGUUUUACAAGAAAUUGUUAACCGUAGUUAUGACCGUUUUUAUAUUGAGUUUGAAAAUGCACAAAUUUUGAUUGCUAAUAAAGGUGAAAAAUGGAAGAAUGCCUUCAAUGAGUCACAUCAGAAUGACCUAUAUAUCCUAAAGCCAACAAAUUUACUUAUAGAAGUUGAAAAGUGCUUAAUUACUGAUGAUCCACGGUUACCAUUGCUCAAAGUGACUGGUGAACUUCCAGCCAUAGAUAUUAAAGUUGCAGAGAAUCGUGUAUUGGAUGCUUUAUCAGUUUUUUUGAGUAUUCCAUUACCUCAAGCAAGCAAGGAAAAUGAUGAUGAUUCUCAUGAUAUAGAUAUUCUUGGAUCAGCUAUGUCAUUACGUCAAAAAAUUGAUUCUUUCAAUGUAACUAAAAAUUUAAUGAACCAAAGAAAAGAAGCAGAAAAAGCUUCUGAUUUCAGUGUACAAUUUACAUCACUAGAUGUAAAAUUAGUUCUAAAACGUUUAUCAAUUAAAGUUUUAUCAUGUGAUGGAAAAGGUUCAUGGUUAAAUCCUCUAUUAGAUUUUAAUUUACUUACGUUGGAACUUUCAUUAACUCAACAAACAUUCAAUACAAAUAUUGCUUUAAAACUAGGUAGAUUAUUUCUUGCUCAGUAUCACAAAGAUAUUAUUAUUCCUUUAGUUGACACACCAAGUGAUGAUGAAAAUGAUGAAAAUCAAUAUCUUUUACUUUUGAAGUACACUUUGGCAGAAAAGAAUACAACUGAAUUUCAUUCAACUUAUGAUAGCGUAUUACAAAAACUCGAGUUGAACUUUACUAAAAUAUUAGCUACAGCUAAUAGAGAAGCAAUGCUAUAUCUUAUUGAUUGGUUAUCAAAUGUCGGUAUUAAUAUAACGAGUAUGAAAAAAAAAUAUAACUAUCCUAGUGAACCAAAAACUGUUAAAAAUAUUCAAAAAAAAGACAAAUUAAAAAAAAUGCCACUAGUUUCAACUGCUUUAUCGACUAUUUUAGAAGAAUCAGCUUCUAGUAAAAUUCAACAAAUGAAUAGAAAAACAGUUACUGAUAAUGAUGUAAAAGAUUUUAAAUUAGACUCAAAAAUUGGUGAAAUUCAACUUAUAAUUACAACUGAAUCAGAAGAUUUAGCUCAUAUGUUCAUUACAAAGCUUGAAUCAUCUGUUGUAAUGAAGAAAUCCUAUAUUCAAAUGGAUGCAAAAUUACAAAGUAUAAGUGUUGCAGAUCCAUCUUCUGAUACAGUUUAUAAACAUAUAAUCCGUGUUGCUGAAGAUGAUGAUGCUCUUAAAUUGCAAAUAAUUAUGUACAAUGAACAAUAUCUAGUGGAUUAUAAUUCACCAGAAAUCUACUUGUCUGUUUCUUCUGGAUGUAUAAAAUGUGUUUUUCUUAAUUGUUUUGUAAAAAAAUUAUUGGAUUUUAUCAAUCAUUUUCAAGCUGGAAAAGCUGCUGUAUAUGAAGCAAGUGCUGCAGCUGUCGCUACAGCUAAAAUGAAUGUUCAGUCUGCUACUCGUGUAGCACUUAAUAUUAACUUAAAGGCUCCAGUUUUCAUUGUACCUCAAAAUUCAAAAGUUUUGGAAGGUUUAUGUUUUGAUUUUGGAUAUUUAUCCAUAACAAACUCAUUUAAUAUUAUUCACAAAGGAUCUGAUCACAUACCAGCUGUACUAGACAAAUUAAAUUUAAAUUUACAAGAUUUAAAAGUUUCUAGAGUAAAAUUGAUGGAUAAUUUACAAUAUUUUGCGUUUGAUUGUGUUUUAUUACAACCAAUUAGUUUUUCUCUAAUUGUUGAAAGAAAUCUUUCAUCUGGUUGGUAUGUAGAUCAUCCAGAUUUUGAUGUUGUGGCCAUAUUUGAUUCAAUUAAAGUGACAGUUAGCCAUAAUGAUUAUAUUGUAAUUUUAAAUGUAUUGAAUGAUAAUUUAAAUGAAGGAAAAGAAGAUUCUGAUUUUUUAAAUAAUCAGCCAAGUUUGAAUACCUCUCAAUUGAAUCCCAAUGAAACCAAAGUUACUGUAGAUAUAGAAAAAAAACCUUAUACUCAAGAAAUCAGAACUUUGGCUAAGUUUGAUUUUGCUGUAAAAAAUAUUAUUUUAGAACUAUUUAAAGGUGGACCUGAUGAGAAUGGUUAUCAAGUUAAAGAAAAUAGUUUGGGUCAAUUUAUAUUUUCAUCAUUGACAGUUAGUGGUUCAAUGCUAACAGACUUAACAUUAGGAUUGUCAUUAUAUUUGUUGGAUGUCAUAUUAGAUGAUACUCGGUUGAAUUAUAGUUGUGGAAAUAAAGUAGUACGAUACAUGGAAAGAAAGAAAAAUGUUAUUGAAAAAGAAUCUACUCAAAAUACUAUUGAUAUAAAACUUAAACAGACUCUUACUGGUUUAGAUGUUCAACUAAAAAUAUUUAGUUUUAAUUUGAUAUUAAACAUGGAAUAUGUGGAGUAUCUUUUAAAUUUCUUUGUAUUGCCAUUACAAGCUCAGGAUAUAGAUAUAAACGAUAAAGUAAAGUCUACAAAACAAAAUUUAGUUAUUAAAAACAGCAAUUCUGAAAUACGUAAUAAUAAUAAGACACUCAUGGUAAAAGUGCAAUUAGAAAAACCUGAUAUUAUACUAGUGGAAAGUUUGAAUGAUAUUAAUACAAAUGCCAUUAUUUUAAAUACUGAAGCUAAAUUGAAAUUGCAAAUGUCUUCUCCAACACGUCAAACAGUCAAUGGGGAAAUAAAAGAUUUACAAAUUUACUCCUGUUGUUACAACCCUUUAAAGAGAAAAGAAACAAUGAAUUUGAUUCUACGUCCAGUUACUAUAAAUGUUAAUGGCUCAACUCCUGAUGAUACUUGUCUUAAUAUUGACAUCAAUAUGACACCUUUAAUUAUUUCAGUAACUCCAGCUAAUAUUGAAAUGCUAAACCGAAUUAAUAAAUCAUUUAUGAAAAGUAAAGAAAAUGAAUGUGUUGAAGAAAAAUAUGAUGAAGAAAAAUAUGUAGAUUUAUGGAAUAAGACACCAUUUAAUGAAAAUGAAUUUUGGUUUUUAAAAAAAGAUGUUGGAUUAGAAACAUGUUCUUCAGAAAAUGAUAAAAAAUGUUCUAUAGUAAAUAAAAGUGAAAUGUGCUUGUUAUCUAUUCCAUCUAUUGUAUUUACAAUUGAGGCUGGAAUAGGCAAUAAAACCAUGCCAAUGUUGUUAACUGAAUGUUCAUUUAAUGGUUCUAUUAUAAAUUGGAGUUCAAGACUAAAUGUUGCUGGAGAAUUAACUAUGCAAAUGAAUUAUUAUAACAGUAGAUUAGCACUCUGGGAACCAUUCAUUGAACCUGUUGAAGUACCUACUGUAAUAGGUGCAAAAUAUCAACCGUGGCUACUAGAAUUAAAGCUAGAAACACACGAUCCUAAUAAAGUACCUCAAGAUCAAGAUGAAAUAUUUCAAAGGAAACCAGCAAUGAAAAUAUCAUUAAUUUCUUAUGAAACAAUUGAAAUGACCAUGACUAAAACCGCCUUAGAAGUUUUAACAAGUUUAGGAAAAGCAUUUAAUGAAGCAAUAACAGCUGAGACACCACUUUCAAAACAAAUUGAAGCUGCUCCAUAUGUUGUACAAAAUAAUCUAGGGUUUGAUAUUACCGUAUUAAUUUCAAAUACUCCCUUCAAAUUGUGUAAUAAUGAGAAUAAUGAAACGAUUAAUGAUAUAAUUCUUAGAGAUAGAGAGAAUCUCAAUAUUUGUCUGAAGGAAGAUGAGCCAGUUUCAGUUCAUUUACGUCAAAACAAACCUGUUGAAAGAUCUUUAAAAAUUAAGAUACUGGAGAACAGUAAUACUACAGAAUUAUGUGUACCAUUAAUAAAAGCUGAUAAGAGAUAUUUUAAUAUGAAACAUAAUUUACAUUCUGUACAAGAACCGUGGGGAUUAGUAACUGACACCCAAGUUGUAAAUGGAAGCAUGGUUGUCACAUUAAGGAGUAUCGUACAAAUUCAUAAUCAUUUUAACGAAAACAUUUUUCUUUAUUAUAAAAAACAAGGUAAAUUAAAAAUGAUAGGAAAAGCAAAACCAGGAAAACCAUAUAACUUGCCAGUACAAGCAAUUUAUACACAAACAAAAGAAUUAUUCUUUUGUUCAGAAAAAUAUCAAAUAUGUAUUAAGCCAUUUAUUUGGAAAGACAUUCAACCUGUGAUUAACUUGCGAGCUUUAUUACAGUGUCCACCAAAUCAAGUAGAAGAUAAAGAUCCUUUUUUUAUACAAGUUUUAGGAAGCAUGGAACAUAUUUAUUUUGAACAUACUGAUCGUUAUUUAAUGUCCAGUUAUUGUUAUAAUAUUCAGUUGUAUCCCACUGUCAUAUUAGUAAAUGCUUUGCCAGUAAAUUUAGAUUGUUUAAUGCAAGGCGAUUCUGAAAUUAAAACAUUGACUCCAGGAGAAAAAAUGAAUCUACCAAUAGUUGAGAUUGGAUAUUCAUGUUUAACAUUACAAAUAAAAUAUUUAAAUAAAUAUUGGGAUUGCAAAUGUAUGGUGGAAGAACACCCAGAUGAAUUUUCUAUUUGGUCAUUUAAAAAUAGCGAAGAAAAAACUGAAACAAAUGCUAAUGUAAUUAAUUUUGGUGUACGUACAGAAUUCCAUGAAGGUGGUACUCAUAUCAAAACACUUUAUUGUCCUUUUUGGAUGGUAAACAAAACUGAGCAAAUUCUUACUUACAAGGCUGCUGAUGAUGAUAAUAACACAUUACGUCAUAUAUCUGAUCCUUCAGAACCACUAAUGUGGUCAUUUAGUAAAAAAAUGUUUUAUGCUAACAAAAGAGCGUAUGUUAAAAUAGAUUCUGGUUUAUGGUCUGAUAGAUUUUCUUUAGAUGUCGCUGGUAGCUCUGGAUCAAUUUUGUGUAAAACAAAUGAAACUCUAUAUCAAAUUGGAGUUAAUAUUCAACUGACUAAUAAUUCAUUAUCAAAACAAGUAAUACUUACUCCUUUUUAUAUUAUUUAUAAUCAAUGUCCAUUUUCUAUUGAUGUUCAAGAAGCUGACAAAGUUGCUAAAAAUUGGAUAGAAAUAGGUUCAAACAACUGCACUCCAUUUUGGCCCCAAAAUAUUACUGACAAUCAUAAGUUAGCAGAUAAAGUAUUUGUUGUUCGAGUUACAGGUACACUUGAUACAUCUACACCAUUGCCAUUUUACAAGUCACGAUGUGAUUUAAUACGACUUAGAAAUAAAUUUAGUGCUAUACAAGUUGAUACACAUAUAACAGAAAGUGGUGCAUACAUAACACUAAAUCCAUAUGUAGAAGGAAUAGCACCUGCUCUUAUAAUUAAUCACACUAGUAAUUAUCUUAAAUUUAUUGAACAUGAUCUAUCAGAAUAUUUGGAUGAAAUAAAAAUAUUACCUCCUAAACAUAAAAUGUUUUUUACGUGGUCAACUCCCACUGAUAAUCCUAUUAUUUUUUGGAAUAUGAUGCAGUGUCAAGCGGAUUUAAGAAAAGAUGGUGUUGGAGUGUUCAGUCUUGAUAAUGGUAUUAAAAUAUAUUGGGUGUCAUUUUUGGAUGGUUUACAACGAAUCCUUAUGUUCACUGUUGAUGCUCUUAUUGCUGAAGAUUGUCAAGCUUCAAGUAAAUUGGAAUUCAUUAAUCAAGAAAUAUUAGUUUCAAUUCAUUCUUUAGGCUUGUCAUUGGUGAAUAAUGACAUAAGCACUGAAAUAAUGUACUUAAGAAUUGGAAGUUCUGGAAUAAUAUGGGAAAGUAAAAAAUUAAGUGGAUCACGUUAUAAACCUAUGGAACAAUAUGAAUGUGAAUUAAUUGAGAAUGCUUACAUACGUUAUAAUAGAAAGUUGGCUGUUGGUGAUAAUGAACCAAUUGUUUCUAUUAAAGAAUUAAACAUUGAAGUUAAUUUUGAAGAUAAUAUUAUUAUAAAACCAUCAAAAAAAGAUAUUAGAAGAAUUUACAAUACUGGAUUUUGGCUUAAUUUGCAGUCUUCAGAUUAUACAUCUCAAAUACAUGCAAAGAUAAAUAAUUUACAAAUUGAUAGUCAGUUAGAUGAUUGUAUAUUUCCUGUUGUGUUUGCUCCUGUUCCUCCCCCUAAAACAAUAGCGCAAACAGAACGGAAACCGUUUGUGGAGCUUAGUAUAGUAGAACGUUUGAAUAAAUAUAGUUCUGUUAAACAAUACAAAUACUAUAAAAUGUUGAUCCAGGAAUUUCAUAUUAAAUUGGACAUAGGUUUCAUUAAUGCUCUUAUUAAAAUGACUGAAAAGUAUGAAGUUACUGAAGAAGAAAGGUUAAAAGUUUUUAAUGAAGAUCUAUGUUAUGCAAGUAAACCAUUGGAAUCACAAAUUAUUAAUUUAUCUUUACAAGAACAAAAGAACUAUUAUGAUAUGCUCCAUUUCUCCCCACUUAAAAUUCAUGUCACAUUUUCCCUUAGUGGAGAUGAAUUAGAAAAUAUUCCACCAAUUAUUAGUAUUAUUUUGCAAAGUGUUGGUGUAACUAUUACUAGUGUUCAAGAUGUUGUAUUAAAGUUGGCAUUUUUUGAACGACAGUAUGUCUUAUUAAACCAACGUCAGUUGAUUAUGGAAGCUCAACAUCAUUAUGUUAGUCAACUUAUUAAACAGUUAUAUGUACUUGUUCUGGGUUUAGAUGUAUUAGGAAAUCCAUUUGGUCUUGUAUCAGGUUUUAAGCAAGGAGUUGAAGAUCUGUUUUAUGAGCCCUUCCAAGGUGCUAUUCAGGGUCCAGAAGAAUUUGCAGAAGGUUUAGUGUUAGGUGUUAAAAGUUUGUUUGGUCAUACAGUUGGAGGUGCUGCCGGAGCAGUUGGUAGAAUAACAGGUGCUAUGGGUAAAGGCAUAGCAGCACUAACAUUUGAUAAAGAUUAUCAAAAAAAACGCCAAGAAAUUAUGAAUGAGCAACCAAAAAAUUUCCCUGCUGGGCUAGCACAGGGUGGCCGAGGACUUGUUUUGGGUGUUGUAGAAGGAGUGGAAGGUGUUUUUGAAAAGCCUAUAAGUGGGGCUCGUAGUGAUGGAGUUAAAGGAUUUUUUAAAGGAAUGAGCAAAGGGAUGGUAGGUCUUGUAGCUAGACCUUUAUCUGGAGCAUUAGAUUUUACCAGUGGGACUUUAAAUACUAUUAAAAGGGUAACUGAUACAACAUCAGAAGUGCAAAGAGUACGUUUGCCUAGGCAUUUUAAAGAAGAUAAACAAGUGAGACCUUAUUGUAAACGAGAAGCUGAAGGAUACAAACUAUUAAAGACAGUUGAAGAAGGAAAUUAUAAAUUAACAGACAACUACAUUUACCAUUUAAGAAUGGGAGUCUCUAAUAAAGAAAUAUUUGUAUUAACAUCUCAAAGAAUUAUGUAUAUUGUUCGAAGCUACUGGACUGGUUCAUACAAAAUUCAAUGGGAGUAUGUUUGGCCAGCAAUGAUAAGUUCCCCAAAAAUAAAACCACGUGGAAUACUUAUACAUGCAAAAGAUAGUAAUUCCAAUAAGUGUUUUUGGUGGUGUUUCAAAAAAAGGGAAUCAAAAACUAAAUUGAUUACGGUUACAAACCCUGAAAUUUGUAUUUGGUUAACCGAAAGAAUGUGUGAAUUAAUGAAGGAUUAUAAUCCAGACGUGAAAUCUCUAAACUCAUCUAAAACAUCUCUUUUAGAUGAUUUUAAUUAAAAAAAAUUAUUAAAAUUAAGAUUAAUACAUAACCAUAAAAUAGUUUUGAUUACAAUAAUAAUUUUCAUUAGAAAUUGUUUUUAAUAAACAUGUAUGCAAAUGAUGGUAGCUUAUAAUAAGAUUUACUUAUGCCAAAAUUUGGAGUAUAUUAAUUUUAUUUUUUUAGAAUUAAUGCAUGUUUUAUAAUUUAUUACAUAAUAUGAGCUAAGGUGAAAAAAACUAAACGAUUUUAGUUUUACCUAAUUUGUUAAAACUUUUAAAUUAAAUUUUAGCACAUUUGUUAUUAAUAGCUUGAAUUUUUAU